AUGUACCUACAGGCCUGGGAUCUGACCACACGCCGUCCAGCUGCCAUGCGCCGAAGAAGCUGCACCAGUCGCAAGUGCAGCAUUGUACUGUACUAUACCUGGCCCUGGUAG